CAACAUUCAGCGGUGCGUCAAACAAAUCUACGAUUGCACCUGUGGAAAGACAAAAUUAACCUUGUUAGUUUAUGAGAAUUACAAAUAAAAUUAACCUAAAUAUAAAAAUUGUCGUCGUCAGUGUUAUUCUAUUUCUCUUCUCUUCGCCGAAACCACCGAUAGCUCUGUCUCGUGUUCACCACAUCUCCUUCCUCGAUAGCUCUGUCCCAGAUCUUUUGAGAGAUGGCAGAUCGAUUGACGCGUAUUGCUAUUGUGAGUCAAGACCGUUGCAAGCCAAAAAAAUGUCGCCAAGAGUGCAAGAAGAGCUGUCCUGUGGUCAAGACAGGAAAACUUUGUAUUGAGGUGACUGUUGGUUCCAAGAUUGCUUUCAUCUCAGAGGAGUUGUGCAUCGGUUGCGGUAUUUGUGUGAAGAAAUGCCCCUUUGAAGCUAUUCAGAUUAUCAAUCUUCCCAGAGACUUAGAGAAAGACACGACCCAUCGCUAUGGGCCAAACACUUUUAAGUUGCACAGGCUUCCAGUUCCAAGGCCGGGACAGGUCCUAGGGUUGGUUGGGACAAAUGGUAUUGGAAAAUCAACUGCUCUGAAAAUUUUGGCGGGAAAGCUCAAACCAAAUUUGGGCCGUUUCACUAGUCCUCCAGACUGGCAAGAAAUCUUGACUCACUUCCGGGGGUCAGAGCUUCAAAACUACUUCACCCGUAUUCUAGAAGAUAAUCUAAAGGCUAUUAUUAAGCCACAAUAUGUUGACCACAUCCCAAAAGCUGUUCAAGGAAAUGUUGGAGAGGUCCUUGACCAGAAGGACGAGAGGGAUAAGAAGGCAGAGCUCUGUGCUGAUCUGGAGCUGAACCAGGUCAUUGAUCGUGAUGUUGGGAAUCUAUCUGGUGGUGAGUUGCAGAGGUUUGCAAUCGCUGUUGUUGCCAUACAAAAUGCGGAGAUAUACAUGUUUGAUGAGCCAUCUAGUUACCUUGAUGUCAAGCAAAGGCUCAAAGCUGCUCAAGUUGUUCGUUCUCUCCUGAGGCCUAACAGCUACGUCAUUGUUGUGGAGCAUGAUCUCAGUGUUCUUGAUUACUUGUCGGAUUUCAUUUGUUGUCUGUAUGGGAAACCAGGAGCCUAUGGUGUCGUGACACUCCCCUUCUCUGUCAGAGAGGGAAUCAACAUUUUCUUGGCUGGUUUUGUUCCCACAGAGAAUUUACGUUUCAGAGAUGAAUCUCUGACCUUCAAGGUUGCUGAGACUCCACAAGAAAGUGCUGAAGAAAUACAGUCGUACGCUAGGUACAAGUACCCCACCAUGACCAAAACUCAGGGAAACUUCAGAUUGAAAGUGACGGAAGGUGAAUUCACCGACUCGCAGAUUAUUGUUAUGCUUGGGGAGAACGGUACAGGGAAGACAACAUUUAUCCGGAUGCUGGCUGGUUUGUUGAAACCUGAUGAUUCAGAAGAAUCAGACAUAGAGAUACCAGAAUUCAAUGUUUCUUACAAGCCACAGAAGAUCAGCCCAAGGUUUCAGAAUUCAGUUCGACACUUGCUACAUCAAAAGAUUCGGGAGUCUUACAUGCAUCCUCAGUUUGUAUCGGACGUGAUGAAACCACUCCAGAUUGAGCAGUUGAUGGAUCAAGAAGUUGUCAAUCUCUCAGGAGGAGAGUUGCAAAGGGUUGCAUUAGCUCUGUGUCUCGGAAAGCCCGCGGAUAUAUACCUGAUUGAUGAGCCAAGUGCAUAUCUCGAUUCAGAGCAACGUAUUGUGGCUUCUAAAGUCAUUAAGCGGUUCAUUCUCCAUGCAAAGAAAACUGCAUUUGUGGUCGAGCAUGACUUUAUCAUGGCAACCUAUUUGGCAGACCGAGUCAUUGUCUAUGAAGGACAACCAUCCAUUGAUUGUAUUGCUAAUUGUCCUCAAUCACUACUCAGUGGAAUGAAUCUCUUUUUAUCUGAUAUAGGGCAUGAUCUGGAUAAAACAUUGUCUGAAUUCCAGGAAGUUCCAUUUCAAAAAAAACUUAGUAAUUCCACAGAGAAGACUGAUGGUUUUACUCUUGUGAACGUCUUAUCUGCGUGUGCUAAUCUUGGAUCUUCAGGCCAAGGUGAAUGGGUUCAUGUUUACAUCGACAAAGAUGGGAUUGUGAUUGAUGGGUUUUUGGCUACAGCUCUUGUGGAUAUGCAUUCCAAGUGCGGGAAAAUUGAUAAGGCUCUUGAAGUGUUUAGAGCUACUUCCAUGAAAGAUGUCAGUACAUGGAACUCGAUGAUCUCGGGUUUAAGCGUCCACGGUCUUGGAAGUGAUGCUUUAGAGAUCUUCUCAAAGAUGGUGUAUGAAUGCUUUAAACCAAACAGUAUCACUUUCAUCGCUAUUAUAUCUGCCUGCAACCAUGUGGGUUUGUUAGACCUUUUUUAA